GGGAUAUGGAGAUAUCCUAUAUCAUAUAUAUGGGAUAUCUCCAUAUCCCAGAAAUUUUAGACCUUAUUGGAGAUGGAAUGGUACAAAAAAAAGCCCUUGGGGAGCUUUGAAUUUGGUUUAGAAAACAUGUUUAACGUGCAAAAACAUGAAAUUGAGUGAUAAAUCUAUGUGUAUAUAAAUUAAUCCCAUUGAGUUAGCAUAUUGGAAUGCAUAUAUUUAGGGUAGGCACUGUAAACUGAUGGAUGAACCUAUGUGUUGUCCAUCUAAUUGCAACAUUGACUUGGGGAGAGAGUAGAGGAGUCUAGAAACUGUCGAAUUAGGCUGGGUGGGAGGUGACAAAGGUCUUUCCCAAGAGGAUGGCAUUGGAAAUAAAAAAGGGUUCAUCGAGCCAUCUUUACAUCUGAAAACUGCAUAACCGAAGAAUGUUCAGUCUUCAGCGAACGGUUCAGUCACUUUAAGAAAAAUUCCGUUGCACAAAAAAUGCAGUACGAAAAAAGGACGUUUCUGAAGAAGUCUUUCUGGGUUUUGCUGAAGCCACCUGAUUGGAAACCCAGAGUAAUUUUCUUUUCCCGGAGCCGUGGCAACGUAAAUUUAACCUGAGGAAAAACAGCCAUUUUCGGGCUGUCACCGCAAGGGAGGAUGAGUUUCUGAAUGCCCCUCACUCUCUCAGAUCCCGGGACCUCACCGAUUUCGUUUCAGAAUCCGUGGUCUUCGGGGCCCUGAGGAGACAGGACUCCUGCAACCGCCAACGAGCACGCGCUACCGACGGCCGUGCACAGCCUCUCGCGCGACAAGGUAGGGGGCGGAGUCUCGAACUGGGCUCGCGCUCGACUAAACGGCAGCCACCCACGCGGGGAACGGUGGGAAAGAGGCGGGCGCGGGGGCGGGGCUGCGCUUUUGACUGUCAAUCAACCCUCAGUCGCGCGCUCUUUUUUUUAAAUUCGCCGUGCUCAAAUCCUGACGUGGGGAAAAAGAUCAAGGUAGACAUUAUUUGGUGGCCCGAGAAUAAUCAUCUGUCACAGAAAUUGUGGUUCUCUGUCUUAAGCAAUAAGAGAAAAAUCAACUUAAGAAUGUCUAACUUAAAGCUGAAAGAGGCAGCUCUUAUCUACCUUGACAGGAGUGGAGGUCUUCAGACAUUUAUAGAAGAUUGCAAGCACUAUAAUGAUUCAAAACAAAGUUAUGCUGUCUAUCGGUUCAAUAUUUCAAUAAAUCCUUCUGACAUUGUUGAACUGGAUGCAGUUCUUGGAAAUCAUAUUUUACAUGAACCUUUGAAAGCUGCUCAACUUUUUCAAUCAGUUUGUUUUGUUGCUGUUAAAACUCUUUCCUUAAUCGAGCAGUUACAGACUGAAACUCAAAUUAAUAUAGUACUGAAAUUAACACAUUUGCCUCUUCUACCAAGUUAUGGGCUUGAUCUUUGUGAAUUUCCAUUUGAUUACCUCUCUCAGAGGUUUUAUAUGGUACAAGGAAUAAUCAUUGCAAUGACAACAGUAACUAAAUAUACACAAGGAGCAAGAUUUCUUUGUUCAGAUGAAACAUGCCCUCUUUCUGAAGGAUUUCAGUAUAUAAGAGUGCAUGUACCUGGUGCCACAGAAUCUACAACAGUGAGAAAUGAUUUCUUGUGUAGUCUGUGUACCUCCCCACUUCGAGAAGACAGGAAGUUUAGAGUACUUGGUGAUAAACAGAUAGCUGAAAUAAUUACAGCAAAGUCACUUACUGCUUUUCAAGGAUGUCCCAACAAUCAGCCAAUAAGAUUUCAAUCUCUUACAGUUUUCCUAAGAGAUGAAUUAAGCAAUAAAAUCAAAAUAGGAAGUGAAUAUAUUGUUGUUGGAAUUCCAACUUGUGUUAAAAACUCCUCACAAACCACUAUCUGUAUAGAGGCCAACAGCAUAAAUUUGUACAGUCCAAAAGUUCCUUCAGGUAUUACUGACAACUUCAGGUAUCUCCUAGCUUUGACUUCAGGCUCAUGCUGGAAAUUCACAGCUGUACUUGCCAACAUUUUUGCAUCACAGAUCAUUCCUCCAAGGACUUACAAUGUGUUAAAACUUUGUUUGCUGAUGAGUCUAGUACAGACAAAUGAUAGAAACAAGGAAGCUGGAGAUUACCUGGACAUUCUGAUUGUAACAAGUGAUACAUUACUUGUAGAUAGGCUUUUGAACUUCAGUGUAUGUCUUGUGCCUCGGGGUAUACGUCAUCCAGCAUCUAGUGACAUUUUCCCCACUUUGUGCAGAGAUAAAUAUGGAACUGGAGUUCCUUGCAUUCAAGCUUGUAGUGCCUUGCUAGCCAAAGACAGCAUCUGCUACAUAGGAGACUUGUUAUCACAUAAAAAGGAAAAACUUGAACUGCUUCAAUCUGUUUUAGAAAGCAGAAGCAUUACAGUGUAUAUUCCCGGAAAGAAGUAUGGGGAUGGUGUUGAUCAGCAAGUUACCUUUUCAGUUCAGUCCAGUUUUUGGUCCUUUAUUGAUGUGGACUCAUCCUCAAAAAGACAUAUACAUAGAAACAGCACUUUAAUUGGACAAGUGGAUUUCAGUUUGAUUCCCCCUAAUCUUAUGGAUGCAUUUGGACUGUUGGUUUAUUGUAAUGAAUCAUCUCCUGGCCACCCAAUUCUUCCUUCGGUACAACACAGUUUAAAAAAAGCCAUUGAUCCUAAAAAGGUGCUCUAUGAAGCAUCUCAGAAGUUCACAGAACAAGAUUAUGAAAAGCUUAUUGCAUUUGCAAGGAAUCUACCUGUAGAGAUCAGUGUGGAGGCAGAAAAAAUGAUCCAUGGCUAUUACCUAGCAAGUCGAAGAAUCAGGACCGAUUCUAUACAUGGCUCCAAGCUAUCAGCAUCAGCACUGAAAAGCUUAGUUUCGUUAUCUGAAGCACAUGCAAGACUGAGUUUAAGGACUAAGGUGCUCAAAGAAGAUGUCUUAAUUGCAGUUUUAUUAUUUGAAACAUCUCUGACACUGAAAUAUGGGGCUGCUGUAUUUUGUCUACCUCCAAAUGCAGUAUUUCCAUUUGAACUCUCUAGUGAAGAUUUAGAGCAAAGGGAUGUUUACCUAACUCAGUGCCAGCAACAGCUUCAAGACUUUAUUGCAGCAUAUGGACCAGGAUCACCUAUUGCUACAAGCGAAGAAUAGUAUUGUUUGGGAGUAUUUUUGGCAAAUGGACUCAAUUACUAGAAUGGGAAACUCCAUCGUGCCAACUAUAAAUGGUGGUAGUUUGUAGUUGUAAAGAAAAAUGUAUCAUUAAAAAGAAUACCACAAUGCAUGUCCAGCUUUGGGUAGUAUGCUUUGGUAGGGAAUUCAAUGGACGAAAAUACAGUUAGUUGUCUUUAAUGCUAAGAAAUGA